AUGCGCUCUAUGUCCUAUGCUGUAGGUCUCUUGACCACAACUCUUCUCUCCCUCACCACUGCUUCACCUUCAGCAAAACCUUCCGCGCCUUCUCUUCUCCUUCCCGUUACAGAGCUCCGAUCUUUCGGAGGCAACACUUGGGCAGAAAAUGUCGCCAUUCGUUCCAAUGGCCAGCUCCUCGUCACUCGCUUCGACACCCCCAUCCUCCAACUCCUUGACCCUACCAACAAAACAGCUCCCAUAACCCUCCAUACCUUCAAUACAACUCGCUAUUCUGGACUUACAGGUAUUGCCGAAACAACACCUGGCUCAGACAUUUUCUACGUCGGCCUUCAAACCCCCACCACGGCCCUCUUAAUAAAAUCCACCAACUUUUCGAACGCUAUCUUCAAAGUGGAUUUGAACAACUUCUCUUCCAAGGCUAAUAGCAUUGUUUCUGCCCCAACAAUAUCCCACAUAAUCGAUAUUCCAGAAUCCAUGCUCAUAAACGGCAUGUCUGCUCUAGAUUCAGAACACAUCCUCAUAGCCGAUUCAACUCUCGGCCAAGUUUACAAUCUUGACGUCUCUAUCCCCUCUUACACCACCCCUCUCAAGCCCCCAUCUAUGGGCGCCCCGCCCAAUGCAUCGUCACCGAUUGGCAUCAACGGUAUCCAUUACCUUUCCCCAUAUCUCUAUUUCGACAGUCUCGCUGCCAGUACCUUGAACCGCAUUCCCAUUGCCCCAAUCACUGCACUGCCGAUUGGUGAUAGUGUUCUAUUGGCAAACGUAGCAGGUCCAGAUGACUUCGCUAUUCGCGAAGAUGGCACGAUUUUCCUGUGUGGAAACGGCAAGAAUACAUUAUUCAUGUGGAAAGAGGGCAUGAGUGAGGCAGUAGCCGUGGCUGGUAGUAAUACAUCUACGGUAUUAGCUAGUGUGACGGCGGCUGCAUUUGAGAAGGUUGGAGGGAGGGAAGGAAACAGAUUGUGGUUGACUACUGGUGGUGUUCAAACUCAAUCUAUCAACGGCACGAUUAGUGUUGGGGUUGGGGCUACGGUAUCAUAUGUAGAUACUGAGUGUAUCUAA